AUGGCGAGCAUUGUUGAUACCCACCCUGGCGGGGACGGCGAGCGUCCGAGAAAAAGGGUCCGGAAAUCUCGAAGUCGGGGCCUGAGAACCAAGACAGGUUGUCUGACCUGCAGGAAAAGGCACAAGAAAUGUGAUGAGCGAUCGCCGGUCUGCGGGCCAUGUUCUACUUCUAGUCGGGAAUGUGUAUACUCUGAAUCAGCAUCUGGACCCGUUUCGGCAUCUGAAAGCAGACCCAUUGCGGCGGUCAGCUUCGUCGGAGUUCCAACCAGAGAACCGGAUGCUGUAGCAGUAAGACAGAAGCGCCAGACUGCUUCAAUGCCCGUAGCUGCAAUAGUCCCCAGCCCACAGCCCUUGUUUCUUUCUCGAGGGGAAGUUUCGCAGCCAGGAGAAAUGGGGCCCCUGAUCGAUCCCUAUCGAUACGCCUAUUCACCUGAUACGAUGGCAUCAGAGCUGUUGACGGCUGACCUCGCAUCGACACGAUGGCUCGAUCUAUUGGCAACAGACGCGGCCCAAGCUGAUAGCGGUUUCUCUUUGGCCCCCAGCCCUGUGCCUGAAGAUUCGGUCUUCAACGAUGGCUACACGGUCCGGGCUAAUAAUGUAACCGAUCUGUCUGCCCCUGACGCCGCGGAGUCCGCGGCAGUUUCCGAGAGACAUGCUUGGCAACUAGACCAGGACAUUCUACUACAAAGCCAUGAGGCUCUGUUGUUCAGAGCUUUCGCGGAAAGGGCAUCAUUAUGGCUCGACCUAUUCGAUCCGCACAAACACUUUUCAACGUACGCCAUCAGGUUGGCUUUACGAAAUCUGGGCCUAAUGAAAGCCAUCCUCGCUCUGAGCGCCCGGCACGACGCGAUAGUACAAGCCAACAUAGGAAACACAGUCGGCACAGACACAAGCGAGGCCGUUCAGUACUACUACGAAACGCUUCAUUACGUGCAGACAGCUCUGCAGUACAACACAUACGCGCACUCGGAGGAACUUCUCGCCACAGCUCUCGUCAUUUCGACCUACGAAAUGCUUGACGCAUCAGACAGCAACUGGAAGCGGCAUCUAAAGGGUGUUUUCUGGAUCCAACGCUCCCAGGACGUCCACGGCGCCUCGGGAGGGCUGCAACAAGCUGUCUGGUGGGCGUGGUUGAGGCAGGACGUCUGGGCAGCGUUUCGCGAGAGGAGGCGCUGCUUCAGCUUCUGGCGGCCCGUCAAGGAUUUUCCUGAGCUAAGUCAGGAUGAGUUGGCGGACCGCGCGGUGUAUUUGCUGUCGCAGACGGUUAACUAUUGCGCCAAGGUGGAUACGACGCCCCCAGAGGAAGGAACGCUGGCGACAAGGGCGGAAAUGGGGGAGGCGCUCAUGGCCAUGUUGGAGAGGUGGAAGACGUUCCUUGGUCCUAAGUUUGAGCCGUUGCCGACGCCAACAAAUCACUCGAGGGUGUUUCAGGGCCUGUGGGUUCACCCGCCUCAGUUUGGGGUAGCGUUGCAAGUUUUUGCCAAAAUCCUCGUUACCCUGCAUCGGCCUGCCACGGCUGGAUUUGAUGGCUAUCUGAAGACCCAGCGUACGUUAUCCGAGGCAGUUGCCACAAUAUGUGGCGUCGCCAUGGAGUCGAAAGACGAGGGAUGCCAAAUUAUGUCGGCACAAUGUCUCUUUGGGGCCGGUCUAUGUGUGCAAGAUGAAACCAAACGCAACACUAUUAUUUCGCUUAUCGACGCCUGCGAGGCCCGUACAGGCUGGCCCAUGGCGGGCUUGAGAAAUGACUUGAAGGCAGAGUGGGCCAAACUUGGCUAA